GCGGGGGCGUCACGGACAGCAGCGGACUUGGACUGAGAAUCCCGGGCGGGCGGGCGCGGAGAGACGCGGGAAGCAGGGGCUGGGCGGGGGUCGCGGCGCCGCAGCCAGCGCAGCCAGCCCGAGGGGCCGCUGCCUCCGCCGCCCAGCGCGCUCCCGGGCCGCUGGCCGCCUGCAGCACCCGCCACACCGCAGCUCCGGGACCGGCCCCGACCGUCGCCGCCGCGAUGGGCAACGCCGCCGCCGCCAAGAAGGGCAGCGAGCAGGAGAGCGUGAAAGAGUUCUUAGCCAAAGCCAAAGAAGAUUUUCUUAAAAAAUGGGAAAAUCCCGCUCAGAACACAGCCCAUUUGGAUCAGUUUGAUCGAAUCAAGACCCUUGGAACGGGCUCCUUUGGGCGGGUGAUGCUGGUAAAGCACAAGGAGACCGGGAAUCACUAUGCCAUGAAAAUCCUCGACAAACAGAAGGUGGUGAAGCUGAAACAGAUCGAGCACACCCUGAACGAGAAGCGCAUCUUACAAGCAGUCACCUUCCCGUUCCUGGUCAAACUCGAGUUCUCCUUCAAGGAUAAUUCAAACUUGUACAUGGUCAUGGAGUACGUGCCUGGCGGGGAGAUGUUCUCUCACCUACGGCGGAUCGGAAGGUUCAGUGAGCCCCAUGCCCGAUUCUAUGCGGCCCAGAUCGUCCUGACGUUCGAGUACCUACACUCCCUCGACCUCAUCUACCGGGACCUGAAGCCGGAGAACCUCCUCAUUGACCAGCAGGGCUACAUUCAGGUGACAGACUUCGGUUUUGCCAAACGCGUGAAAGGCCGCACCUGGACCUUGUGUGGGACCCCCGAGUACCUGGCCCCUGAGAUUAUCCUGAGCAAAGGUUACAAUAAGGCCGUGGACUGGUGGGCCCUGGGGGUUCUCAUCUAUGAGAUGGCCGCUGGCUACCCGCCCUUCUUCGCUGACCAGCCCAUCCAGAUCUACGAGAAAAUCGUCUCUGGGAAGGUGCGAUUCCCAUCCCACUUCAGCUCUGACUUGAAGGACCUGCUGCGGAACCUUCUGCAGGUGGAUCUCACCAAGCGCUUCGGGAACCUCAAGAAUGGGGUCAACGACAUCAAGAACCACAAGUGGUUUGCCACGACUGACUGGAUUGCCAUCUACCAGAGAAAGGUGGAAGCUCCCUUCAUACCAAAGUUUAAAGGCCCUGGGGACACGAGUAACUUUGACGACUAUGAGGAGGAAGAGAUCCGGGUUUCCAUCAAUGAGAAGUGUGGCAAGGAGUUUGCUGAGUUUUAGGGGUGUGCCUGUAUCCCCAUGGGUUUUCUUUUCUUUCUUUUUUU